AUGGCCAAGUACACCUUGUAUCAACUGGUAGGAGACGCUUCGAGUCCGGAUGGUAGAGUAAUUUCUCCUCAUGUCUGGAAAACCAAGCUUGAUUUAGCCUUUUUCGAGCAGAAAGUCAAUGACUCAGGAAAGACAUUCCCUCAAAUCAGAGGUGAAUUGUCAGAGUUGACUAAGAACCCAGCCGUCACGGUACCUACUAUAGAAGUGGAUGGUGAAUUCACUACCGAUUCAUGGAAGAUUGCGGAAUAUCUUGAAGCAGAACAUGGUACCCCUGAGAAAUCAUUGUUCGGUGGCUCUGUAGCUGGAAAAGAUUUUGCCAAGUUCAUCGAAAUAUGGAGCAACACUACUCUAGCGAAUGAAUUAAGACCUUUGGUGGCCAUAUCGAUCACGAGUCAUUUUGAUUCCCCUUCAAAAUCUUAUUUCAUUAAAUCCAAAUUUGCAGGAGACAUCACCAAACACUCUGCCCUCGUCAACAAAUUCUCCAACUCAGAAGAGCUGGAAACUCAACUUGCAGCCGCCAGAAGUAGGCUGUCAGCCAUCGAGUCACUUCUAAAGUAUAAAAAGGAAAAAGGUGAACCUUUAUGGUUGAUUGGAUCAAACCCUUCUCAUGCGGAUUUCUGUCUGUUUGGUUGGUUCGCCUCAUCUAGUUUGCAUCCUUCAGUCGAGAAGGAAGUAUGGAGACAUAAAGACAACGAGACUGUCGCCGAAUGGUUAGAUCUUGUACUGGAGAGCGGUCUAGUCGACAAAGCCCAAUUGAGUUAA